UCCUUUUUCUAUCAAAAAUACAAAAAAUGAAAUAGAGUUAGAAAUGGAAAACCCUACAGCAAAAUCUACUCAAAUGUAUCCAAUUUCCGCCAUGUUAGACCCCAAACCCUAAUUCCCAAUCCAUUUCCCCUCUUGUUCUAAUUUUCCCGCAUUUUAUUGGGUUUCCACUUAAUUUUCUCUCUCUUCCGGCACGAUUGGAUCUGAGUGCUCUUGUAUUUUUUUCCCCAACCCCACUUAGUCCCUUCAAACCGGAAGAGAAAAAGAGACCCAAUUUCCUAACUUUCCAGGGUUUUUUUAAGUUAGAGCUUUUUUGGAUCUAGCAGUAUAGAAUUGUGGGAAUUUCUUCGGGUUUUUGGGUAAUUCGUGAUAUUUACGUCUCUGGGUUGCUUCCUUUUUUUGGGAGAGGUUUUAUAUUGCUAUUUUUAUUUGUAUUUUUGGAGUUCGGGGUUAGAUAAAAAAAAGGGGGAGAAAUUUGAAUAGCCAAUGCCAUAUUUGGGUAAUUGGUAUUUGAAAGCUGUAUUUUUUUCGGUGAAUUUUUUGGAGAGACCGAAAAAUAAGUUGAUCAAUGUCUUGGGCAGGCCCUGAAGAUAUCUACCUUUCUACUUCUCUUGCCAGUUAUCUUGACAAAAAACUUUUAGUGCUGCUGCGGGAUGGUCGAAAGCUAAUGGGAACAUUACGUUCUUUUGACCAAUUUGCCAAUGCUGUUCUUGAGGGUGCUUGUGACAGAGUUAUUGUUGGCGAUCUUUAUUGCGACAUUCCUUUAGGUCUAUAUGUAAUCCGUGGGGAGAAUGUUGUCUUGAUUGGUGAGCUGGACUUGGAGAGAGAGGAACUUCCUCCGCAUAUGACUUGUGUUUCAGCAGCAGAAAUUAGAAGGGCACAGAAAGCAGAAAGGGAGGCAAGAGAUCUGAAAGGUACAAUGAGGAAACGAAUGGAGUUCCUUGAUUUGGACUAACUUAUGUUUCCUGCAACCUGUUUUGCAAUCCGCAAGUUUUAUGGCGGUUGGUGUAGGAGAUGUGUAGGCUAGAAUCAGCUCCAUCAUCUCUUUGUUUCUCAUUUCCCUUUCUGCAUUAAAUUCUUGUAACAUUUGCAAACCAUGUAUCUGACAAAGCUUAGCUGCGAUUUACGGGUGGUCUAAUUUAGUUUUUUUUUAUUUUUUGGCUUUUACUAAAUAUUCGGAGAUUUAACUUGGAACUUGGAAGUCUCCAUGUUAUCUUGAAUUCUCAUAAAUAAUUGCUUUGCACUGCAGUAAACACUUGUUUCUUGA